GGCAGCGCGGCGGCCCGCGGUGGCGUCAGGGAGACGUAGACGCUGCGCUGAUCUGUGUCACGACGAGGGCGGCUAGUGGAGUGAGGUGAAGAGCCGCCGCGGCGUCACACAUGCUCACACAGAGAGGAUUGAGAACGAAUGUCAUUGCGAAAAGCGUCCGGCCAGGCGACGCGCCUUGCUCGAAUGAGCGGCGCUAUGCGCCACUCGCGUCCGCCGCGGAACGAGCAGAGAUCCUGUCCCGUAACGAGGAGAUGACUGCACGGGUCCCCACGGCCCCUCCGCAUCUGCUCACCUCCCCCACCUGUAAUGUCAUCCCGCAUGGCCCCAUUGUGCGUGUGCACACGGGAGGAAGAGAGAAGGAGGCGAGUGGGAUGAUGUGGUGGAGGGGUGAAUACGCGUCGGGUGAAUACCUCGUUUCGAGGCAGGCACCGCGAGUUGGUCACCUCGUUACGGGGGAUGCCCCCCCACACCCAACGAGCUCCGCCCGAUACAUCACCCACUCGUUGUCCGAUCCAGUCGGCCUAACCUUAAACACAGGUCGGAAUGGAAUGCUUCGUUUCGGGCUCGCUUGCGUGCCGCAGGUCAGAGCAUGGCCAUACAGCGUGCCGUGAAUGGACAGAGUGGGCACGACGUGUAUCAUCUAUGCCUUGGGCCUGUGGGUCUUUGAACGUGCAUGUCUCACACCUCGAAGCCAGAUGGACAGCAGUAGUCUGCGAGUGCCGGACGCUGCAGAUAAGCAAUUGUG